AUGGACUGCGAUUCCUGUGGGCUAUGGCUCAGUUCAUUGUGUACCUGCCUGCAGAAUCCAGGAUAUUGUGAUUGGCAACACGGAAAGGGUGUACCAGGCUGGGUGAAGCUCGCCGGUGGCUAUUUAGCCAUACCAAAUCAGGCGAUACGCAACAUCUUGGCCCUACAAAACCAACCACCAAGUCUUGCAACGACCGGUUGGGACUUUGGCCAGCAAUAUUCUAACCCAAGUGCUGAUGGUCUGGCUAUUAAUCCUGUGCGUUCUGUCACUCAGGACCAAGUCCACAUGCACAUUUGUCCUUUCAAUACCGACAUGCGCAACUUUUUAACUACCAAGUCCACCGCCUCGAUUGCAAAUUACAAAACUCUACAGCCGAUCCAACUCAGUCAACAAUUUAUGCAUGGCAACCCAACCACAAUGUGGUGUCUCGCUUCACAAAACAAAAACACGCCUAUCAGUGGGGGUAGUGUUUAUGACGCUAUUAACAGUGUACUCCAGAUGAAGAACGUAUGCAAUUUCAAUGUAGCUGCAGCAGUGGUACGUGAUGGAAAUGGAUAUACGUGGGGAUGUGUUACAGGUGAUUAUGGUGAUACAGAGCAUAGGUUCUUGGACUGCCCUUGA